GGAUGAAGAAGAGAAAGAACAUUUUUCUGCAACUUAUCGGCAGUCCUUUGAAAUUUUCGGGAUCCGAAUUUGGGGAAGUGCGAGGCGAAUAGAUCUUUAUCGGGCCCGAAGUUUUGUGAAGUUUAUCCUGCAGCCUCUUCUGGAAGUAUAAGUGAAUGCAAUUCAGUUGAUAGUAGAAUAUUUACUUACCGUUAAGUUUAAUCAAAAAUGGCUGUAGCGCUAAAUCCGGCUUAUGAAGCAAUCGGGAAAGGAUUUGUACAACAAUAUUAUGCUCUGUUCGACGAUCCUGAACAAAGGCCAAAUUUAGUUAACAUGUAUAAUGCGGAAACUUCAUUUAUGACAUUUGAAGGAAUGCAACUUCAAGGUGCUGUUAAAAUCAUGGAAAAAUUAACUAGUUUAACCUUUCAAAAAAUUAUUAGACAAAUAACAGCAGUAGAUUCGCAGCCUAUGUUUGAUGGUGGAGUACUUAUCAAUGUGUUAGGACGAUUACAGACGGACGAAGAUCCUCCCCAUGCGUACAGCCAAAUAUUUGUUUUGAAGCCAAUAGGAACGAGUUUCUACGUUCAACAUGACAUAUUUAGAUUGGCUCUUCAUGAUUCUCUGUAGCCUCAAGACGGCUGAUGACGACCCACCUCACGCUUACUCGCAAAUUUUUGUCCUAAAACCACUCGGUAAUUCGUUCUAUUGUGCGCAUGACAUUUUCCGCCUUAAUAUUCACGACUCGUAAGCCCCCUUUUUUUCUCGUUUUUUUUUUUUUUUAAUUUAAUAAUUCACCAAGAACUGAUUAUUAAGGAUUGAAUGUGGAGAAUGUAUUGCAUGUUGCCGUAUCGGAUCCCCGGUUGAGCUGUGAACAUGCCUCGAGUGUUAUCGAUUUCUUAAGUUUUAAUCAAAGUCUAAUGUGAAAAAAUGAAAAAAAUCAUUCAGUCUAAAUGAAAGAUUUCUUCUCAUCUCUCAUUUCGUUUAAUGUGUGUCUCCGUUUUAUUUACUUAUUCAUUUUCAUAUUUUAAGUGCAAGAGGACAACUUUUGAUGGGAAAAAUUUUCUUUGUUCAAAUAAUGUUACGACAAAGUCCUCGAUUCUUUAAUUUGCUUUGUUUAUCCUUCAGUCUCCUCUGUUCUGUGUGUACGGGCUUUAAUUCUAUUUAUUUUUGUAUUCAAACUCACUAAAAACUUAUCAUGAAAUAUUUGUGUCUAUUACCACUAAUUAACUGUAAAUGGGAAAUAGAUAAAAAAAUAGGUCCCCUUUUAUAUGUCUUGUAAAGUAUUCCACAAAUCCAAUGAAACUGUACGUACUCUUUAAAUAUUAAAGUUACUUUUUAAUAAAAAA